AUGGCGGGCAUAAAACACAUUUUCGAAUCACGGUACUAUGACAAGUUGAAACUACAAAGAGUCCUUGAGAAACUUUUUCCCGAUAUGGAUGGAAAGUUUGACUUGAAAAAUGUUAACGAGAAAUGGGUUUUCUACGCCCCUGAGCAGGUUACCAAGGCAGACUUGAAGGACGCCGAGAUCAUUUCCACUUCGUAA